AUGCUCUGCCCUGGUGACAAGACUUCUUACUGCGGGGCUGGCAACAGACUCAACAUGUACUACAGCGACAACAGCACCAAGGCAUCCACAGAUCCCAUGAAUCUCAACACGACUGGUAGCUAUGCGUUCUAUUCUUGCUACAAGGACAGUCCUCGUGUGUUUAGCGUGUCAGCGUCGAGCGACUCGAUGUCUGUAAAUGCGUGUCAGAAGCUAGCUUCAGCAGGUAAAUACACCUGGUUCGGCACAGAGUACGGACGUGAGUGCUGGAUGGGUAAUUCAUUGGCAGCAGGAACGGCCAACGCUACCGCGAGUGACUGCAAUAUGGCGUGCAAUGGCAUGCCAGGACAGCUUUGCGGCGGGCCUUCCAGGCUUUCGCUCUAUACAAGGAUCGCAACCUAG